GGAGGUGGAGGAGGUUCUCAGUAAACAAACCCCAGAUCUUUACAGUUGUGUGGAUGACGUGGUUUGGCAGAAGUCGAGUCAGCUCUCGACAGCUCUGUGAUCUGUUUUGGGAUCUGUUUUGGGAUCGCUCUGUGAUCUCCCACACGGAACUAAACUGUAUAGAAUCACUUUCGCAACUGUUUAAAUAAAUGAGUCUUUAACCGGAACUGCUCCUGACUCGCCGCUGUGCAUGCCUCUAACUCUGUUUUUUUUAAGCAGGGUGAUUCCUCAUUUGAAUGUUGCACAGGGAGCAGGGAAAAUGCAAAACAGCUUGUCCAUCUCUGACAGCGAUGGUUUGUCAUUUGCUCCCUUGGUGGUGCUGGAGCUGGCAGAGAACACUGAAGCAGAGGCCAUCAAGUGGUUAUUAAGCAGAAUAAAAGACAAGCAGGAAAAUGGAGGAGCUGAGCUGCUGGUGGAGCAGCUGCCAUGUGGAACACAAGAAAAGCAAAUAGUGAAUCCUAAUGUUUUUCUUGUGGGUGCCACCUGGCAGAGACUCCUGAACGGAGCAGAAGAUUCAGGACUUUUUAAGGAGUUCCAUGAUGGCACCAUGCGAGGAUUCACGAAUGCCAACAGAGAGAGUUUCAAAGAAUUUCAAGCGGAUGGAGACGGCUUCCUCAGCAUUGCAGAAUGUCAGCACAUUAUAAAACGUGAGCUGGACAAUUUGAGGGCAAAGGAAGAAUCUCAUGUCCCUGGAUACCCUAAACUUAAGCUGUAUCCUGGAAAGUCAGUCAUCCGUAGAUUACAGUCCAAAGGGAUUCUGAUCCAGUAUUUCCCUCUCCAUGAUAAGGAGGAGUUGAAGAGGCUUUCUUCCAACUGGUACAAAAAGAUCAGACUGUCCUUUCAACCACUAAGUGAUAUCAGACAUUACUUCGGUGAAGGUUUGGCGCUCUACUUUGGAUUUCUUGAGUAUUUCACCCUUGCUCUGUUGCCAAUGGCCCUAAUUGGCAUCCCCUACUACAUGUUUGAUUGGGAGGACUACGAUAAAUAUGUUCUGUUUGCCGUCCUCAACUUGGUAUGGUCCACUGUCUUCCUGGACAUGUGGAAGAGAUAUAGUGCACAGCUGGCUUAUGGAUGGGGAACCCUGAGUCGCAAGAAAGCAUUCGAGGAACCACGACCAGGAUUUCAUGGUGUCCUGGGACUUAAUCCUGUAACAGGCCGUGAAGAGCCAACUUACUCUAACACCAAACGGCUGUUGAGGAUAUAUCUGGUGUCUCUUCCCUUUGUGUUGCUUUGCCUGUACAUUUCUCUCCACGUGAUGAUGAUCUACUUUGGCAUGGAGAGCUGGGCGAUGAGUAUUUAUAACGAAGAUCCGAAUUUCCUAACAAGUGUGCUGCUCUUCACACCAAGUAUCAUUUAUGCAGUGGUCAUUGAGCUGAUGAACCUGAUAUAUCGCUAUGCAGCUGAGUUUCUCACAAACUGGGAAAACCACAGACUAGAAUCAUCGUUCCAGAAUCACCUGGUGCUUAAAGUGUUGGUUUUUAACUUUGUCAAUUGUUUUGCUUCUUUAUUCUACAUUGCUUUUGUAAUUCAAGACAUGGCCCUGCUUCGACACAGUCUUGCCACUCUGCUCAUCACUUCUCAAAUACUAAACCAAGUGAUGGAAGCCUUCCUGCCAUACUGGCUGCAGAGGAGACGUAAUAAGAAGGUCACUAAGAGAGUGAGAAGGGUGAUGGGAGAUCAGGAGCUUCCUAUGGUGGGGCAGGUCCAGCUGGAAAGUGACAUGAAUACUUACCUGGGCACAUUUGAUGACUAUCUGGAGCAGUUCUUGCUGUUUGGCUACGUCAGUCUGUUCUCCUGUGUGUAUCCUCUGGCUGCUGUGUUGGUGGUGCUCAACAACAUCACAGAGGUCUAUUCAGACGGCUUUAAAAUGUGUCACGUGUUCAAGCGGCCAUUCUCCGAGCCUGCGUCCGACAUCGGAGUGUGGCAGCUGGCGUUCGAGGCGAUGAGCGUUAUUGCCGUGGUCACCAACUGUGCCUUGAUUGGUCUGUCUCCUCAAGUGCAGGCCUACUUCCCUGAAGCAGAUACACAACUUAUCCUCACUGUUGUGGCUGUUGAGCAUGUCCUUCUGGCCUUCAAGUUUAUCUUGGCCUUCAUUAUUCCAGACGUGCCCAAGCAGAUUCAGAUUAAGCUUGCGAAACUGGAGUUUGAGUCUCUGGAAGCUCUAAAGAAAAAGAAAGCUCUUGCUCGGCUCUUUCAGUAACAGCAGAUGUGUGGUGCUGUGGUCCUUUGCCUACUAGCGUGAUGUAAGUUAAUCUGCUGAAACACAUUAUGCAGCAACUGACUGUUAUUAACCAAAGGAUUAGCUAAUAAUAUUAAUAAAUCAUCAUAUUCAUCACUAAAGCUCCUCAGUCAUGAGAAGCUUGAGUUACCCUGCUACAGUUUCAACUAAUUAUCAUAAUGGUUGUGGGUGAGCAUCAUCAACAUCAUCAUUUUGGAGAACUCAUCUUACUACUAACGAUGCCGUUUCUCAGAUGAUGUUGGCAUUACAGUGCUUGGCGAUGUUUCCUGUACCUGUAAUUGCUUUCCAGUAAGUAAUAGUCAGUUCUAAACCCACACCCGUCUCUGGGAAGAGUCCUGAAUAAGCGCCGUGACCUGAUUACGUUAGUGGAAAAAUGGAGAGCGGAAUAUAAACAGCACAAGAACCAGCUCUGGUGAGCAGAAUUGAAGAAAGGUUUGACUACUGUGGGAAGGCACUCGGCUUGGGCUCCGUGUGGUUAACAUUUGUUUUAAUUUAUGAGUAGCAGGUUGUAAACUACUUAUUGAAUAUAUUGAUUAUCUUUCAGAAUGAUGGAAGAUGUGAUAUUUCUAAGUUUCCCUUUUGCGUUCCUUUUUCCUGAUCUCUGGCUCCAGCUCUGCUUUUCCUGCUGCUUUAUCACAAUGAUAGACAUAAGCUAAUAGUUUCAGCAGAGCCAACUGUGAGCAUUUAAAGUGCAAACUUCACAGAAUUGCAAAUUCUUGGCUUAGGCCUCUAGUAAGAGAGAAGGUAUAAAACCUUUUUACAGACAGCUGCUCACGUUAUUUGGAUUUGUCCUGCAAUAUUUGAUGAAGGUUUUAAUUGGAGCUAGUGGUUCAGGACUGAGAGUUCACUCAGGGAGGGCGUCUGGUGCACUGACUCGAUAUUAUUAAUGCUGAGCAAGGAUUAUGUGCCACUUAGCAUUUAGCUAUAAAGAAGCAGCAUGUGGCUAUUGAGUCCAGCUGUUUUCCAUGUGUUGAGCAGCUUGUAAGGGUGUAGACGGCUGUCUGCAGGGGGUGACGCGGCUCCGCUGGAGUCAAAGGUUAAGCUGGAAAUAGCAGACACUCACAGGAGCAGUGGAAAUCCCCUGUACAUAGCCAGCACUGGAGCGCAACCUACCACUUGGAGGUGUUAGGCCGUGUUAGGCAAUGCUGGCCUUCUCGAUCCGGUGCUCUAGUUACAGCACAGGCUAAUACACAGUGCUUGUUUAAAUGUCUUUUAGUGCACCUAGUGUAGAUUUAGUAAUGUAAAACUGGAGUGUCCCCUUCAGUGUUUAAUUCGAAAGCUUUCAUUCUAUUCAUCAAUCUCAGUCUUGUUAUGCCGAAUAAACAUCCUAGAGCAUGCUCAUUCAGCCACAAGGGUGUUGAAGUCAGUUACUUAAGCCAUAUCGUCAUGGAGCUCAAUAUGUGCACAGGUUUGGGUCCCCUGGUUAAAGUAAAUAAAAAAAUGUUAUUUUUUACAUUUGUGAGCCUCUAACUUAGUGGUAACAUUAACAGGGGAAGAACCAUACAUGGCUGUAAGUCAGGUGUCCCAAUCAAUUUGUAUGUAUAGUGUAUAUGGGUAUGUUGAUAUAGAAUAGGAUAGAAUUUGUAUCAGAUCAACCUUUUUUUAUAGGUAAACAAAAAUAUUGGAACAUAUAACUGACAGGUGUUUUUGGUCAUCCAGAUGUGUCCUGUUAAAUUGCAUGUUAACACCAAAUAGCUCUGAACACAUACUUUUUGUUUUAGCCUCCAGUUUCACCUGUGGAUACUGCAUUUGUUGUUAGGGAUAGGGAAAUGAAGACCAGAGAGCUGUCUAUGAGAGAAUAGCAAGCCAUUUUCAAGCUGAGAUAAGAAGGAUAAUCAGUGCACAAACACUGGGCAUAGUACAACAAUUUGAAGUCAAAUUCGAAAACGAAACAACUGGCAUACUGACAAACAGAUACCGAAUGGGUCGACAAACCCUAGUUGACAAACCUUGUCAGAGCUGUGAAGAAAAACCCAAAGUGCAUUUAUUUCCCCUCUAGAAGGAGAGAUUAAAAGGAGAAACCCUCCAAAACAAACAUCAACUGAAAAAGACUGCAGGAAAAGCCUGCGAAAACAGCACAAAACAAGAAUCCAACAAUUUAAUGACAUCAGGGAUGCACUGAUGUACUGUAGUUAUUGCAAGCAAAGGAUAUGUAAACGAAUAUUAAGUGUCAUUUAAUUCCCUUUAAUUCAGACAUUUCCAGCAUGUCUAGUGCUGUGACCAAAUCUGUUGGCUGUCAUUUUUAUUGUGGUAUUGUCCAAAAACGCAAUAGAAAAACGCAUGACAAACUCACCUCAAUAGUGAACAAACAGGCAUGUUCCAAAAUGGUUCUCACCUCACUUUUUAUUAUUUCCCUUCUCUUGAUGCACAUAAUUACAGAGAAACUGAAAAGCACAAAAUCCUCUGUCCUUUGACGGAAACCUUGGGUUAUAAAAAGCUUUCUACUUAUAGCCCUUUUCACCGUAUCAGCAAUUACAAACACAACUUCAUUCAUUUGUGAGCGUCUACAUCACAGUUCUGUGAAUGAGCUGAUUAUAAUGUGGAAUUCAGUAUGUAAUCAUGGUUCAGUUCUGGGGACUAUACUGCGCAAGGAGGAUAGCGAGCAUUGGGCAUGUUUAUAACUAGUUAAGACUACUGAUGCAGCGUGACGAGCAAACCUACGUAACAUUACCGUGCAAAUCCUUUUACGUUCUGAUUGCGUUCCUUGUAACGGUGUUCCUGUCGCUUUUCCAUCAGACGGAAUUGCAUUUCUCGAUAAAACCCCUAUGACGCUCUGUGUCAACACCAAACACACAGCAGGAUGUUGUUAAAGAGGGAGUGCAUAGUGCCGAAGGUGCUGAAUAGAAAGCUGAUGAUGUCUGCUGCACUCUUUCAUCACUGCUGAAUUACAUGUGAAUACCUUCCUGCCCUGCUGUGGAAAAUUCAUCACAAGCAGCAACGAUGGCUGAUUGCUCUAAUAACAUCAGCUUCUUCAGGCCAGAUGAUUUGUCACACGAUUUGUUUGCGUCUGUCUCAGGGCGAAGGCACAUUUUCAGCACUUGUGCAUUACAUGUCUUCAGUAGUUCAACUAUCAGGGUUUUAGAAUGUUAGGUCAUUUAUGGGUAUUCUAUAGUCAGCAGUUUUCCUGAUCCACAAUGGUUUGAAGUGGCUUUCAGGUUCAGACAUGUUCUGAAAUUUGGAACAAAUUUGACAGCAUGUCAUCCCAGACCCUCUAUACACUGUAGAAUGAAUAAAAAAUAUUGCAGGCCCAUCAGGUUAGCGGUACUGAGCAGUUUGUCAGAAAACGUAUGGUCUUUGGCCUCGCAGUGUCGCACUGGUGUAGCCAAAAAUGGAUCGCGUUAAACGUCAUCAUCUAAAGCAUACUGUCAUGCCUCAAGCACUAGACAUGUCCUUCACUAUGCUUUGAUGGGAAAACAAAGCCAAUGGUGCUGUCCUGACUGAUUGAGAGUGAAAUGAAUCAUGAUGGCGAGUUCACAGGCGGAAAUUGCUGCCCAGCUGUAAGUACAAUUUUACAGCAGACUCAAUAAACACUGCUUGUGCCCGUGACAUUUACCACACCACAGGAGCUGCUGUGCUGGAGUUCUAGGUCAGGGACAGUGAUUGAAAUGACAGUACAGUAAUUGUAGGCUUCAACAGAAUAUCUGAGCUGCUUUAUCACGAUCGGAACAUUGCAGAGUUUUGAAAAAGGUGCUUGAACUACAGGAGAUCUGAAUAAACAACAACAAAAAAGGGGUUGCUUUUAGUAUUAGAUUUCUAUAAAGCUAUUCAUGUAAAUAGCCACCAAAAUUCAUUAAUAGGGUUUUUUUGCCUAUUAAUCGGGGCUGAAAAAAAAGGAGAAACAGCAUAAAUGAUGGCAGAAACUGAUUUAGCAAAUUUUCACAUUUUGUAACUUCACCUACAUGUAUACUAUACACAAAUAAAGGUGACUAUGAAAAGUAGGACCUGACAUUUCCAUUAAAUACAAAGUUGGCCGUCUCAAAGAAAAACAAGAAUUAAGCACUACAGGAUGUGCUGUUAUAAGAAAAUAAGUAAUGUCUAGGCUGUUAUUGACAAGAUGGAAGAAAGAUGUAAAAUGUGUUGCAAAAACUCAGACAGGACCAGGCCUUUUCUUCCGACCUACUAAUUCAUCCAAGUUCAAAGCAAUACCACAGAGUAAAACACAAUUUACUGUAUUUACACAGUGAACUAAAUAUAUAUUUAUUUUCUAUUUAAUAAAGGUAUCAGAUGCUUGAUUUUAUAACUUUGUUUCCAGGCAGACCAAAACAUCAACGUGCAUCAAUAUUCAAAUAUUCAAAUGUAAUCAGAGUUGGCCCGUCCUGGCAUGAUUUUAGCGUACUUUUUCCAUUCAUGAUUUGUGCUAACUGUCUGAGCCAUCUCUUAUUGGGACAGAACUCGAUAUGCAAUAUUGUGUGUGUAACUAAUUCAUUGCGUAGCUUUUACGCAUAAUCAAUACUAUAAUCAGUAGCAAACAGCCUGCUAUGGAAACGGAGCAUCUGCUGCAGCUCGGUUUAGGACCACUGAGAAUGACUGUCAUCAUUCUUUUUGCACUUAUUCAUUGAACUUUUUUCCCCCCAAAUGUGCAGUCAGUUUGAGUAAUGAGUCAUCUGAUAAAAUCCAUUCCAGUAUUCAUUUUGGCUUCAUGGGAAAAAACGAGAAAUGAAAGGAAAUAUAAUUGCCUUCUUUUGAAAACGGUUCUAUAUUUCCUGUCGCUGUGUUUGCGUUAAAAGGCAGAAUAUGAUGUCCAUUAACCUGACACACACGCCGACCAGCUAUUCCGAUAAUUGUUCACGUUAAUGUUUUGAAAAGCAGCAACACAGUAACAGAAACAUUGCUUACGAUUAUCAUUACUGAGCAGCCGCCAAAACAGAGUGAACACUGUGCAGUAAAAGCCCCAGUGUCAGCAGCAUGUGCCUGCAUCGAUCUCACUUCUGGCUUAGAAAAAGUUAAUUGUACAUAACACUACUUCACUGAGGCUUUAAUUUGCUCUGGUUUGCAGGCAGUAGAAUUAAUAGAUUAGCUGUAGCUUAGGCGGUGCCACUCUGGGACAUGUCUCUGAUAGAAAGAAAGGCUGUAUCUUGAAAAAGAUAAUUACAUCUUGAAAUUCUCCAGGCCUGGACAGGAGAUUUCACUCGGUGAUAAGGUUCUGUGUAUCACUUUGUAAAGAGCAUGUGAUUUAAAAUGUUCACCUUCAGAGAAGCUGUUUUAAGGACGCGUCAAAAUGGCAAGCGGGACUUAUUAUGUCCGGUGCUUGUUUUUCAUUAUCAUCGCUUACAAAUGUGACAUUUCCCCCUAAAAGAAAAUACGACCCGGCAGCGUAAACAGAAGCCAACAACUCGCUCUGAUUGACCCGAAAUGUAAGUGUAUUAAUACUUUGCUUGUUUUUUUUUUUUUUGUGUGUGU